CCAGUUCAGAACCGACUUCGACAAGAGCUCCGAACUGUCCAAACCGACUCUCCAACGAUGGAGCAGCUCAAUUCCUUGCCAUAUCUAGAUGCGGUCGUCCGUGAAAUUCUUCGAUACGAUCCAGUCGUCACGGGUGCCAUCCGAGUAGCGACCCAAGACGAUGUCAUUCCAUUGGAGACUUCCUUCGUAGAUGGAUCAGGGAACACAAGGGACUCGAUUAGGCAAGUCAUUCUCGCUCAUGCUCUGUCCAAACUCAUUUGGGGUGAAGAUGCUAAAGAAUUCAAGCGGCGCAGGCUAAUCCUGGCGUAUGGGGAAACCAACUUACGUUCCUCGGAGGUCCACGCGCAUAAUGAAAGCCCUGCUCUUCGCGCUCAUUCGGAACUUUGA